CUCCUCCUUAUGCGUUCCUCAUGGCAGCACGAUGACUGUACCUUCAGUGCGCUGGCGGAUAAGCUGUUCGCGCCCUUCGGAGCGCUGGAGGGUGUCAAGGCAGUGGUGCAGGAGCACCACGGCCACGAGGACGCCAUCGCGUACGUGAAGUUCGCGGUGGCCUCGGAUGCCGCAGCGGCCAUUGAGGCGCUAAACGAGACGACGUUGCCGGAUGGCUGCCUUAUCAAUGUUCACGUGAAGAGGCCGUCCGCGAAGGGAAAGGGCAAAGGGUAGGAUGCGCCUCAGUUGGCCUGGGACACAACAGGACCGUUUACUUGCCGUUUCCAUUUUCCCGUUUCUUCGUCGGUUUUGGCGUCGUUGUUUUCUCAUUUCUGUCGCCGGCUUGUUCGUUCCG